AAGGGGACGGAAAACGUGAUGUGUGCAGGAAGCAGAUUAAUCCACAAGAUCGAGGCACCGCACACCUGUUUUAUCCAAAGACAAAUGCAGAGUUUUGAGGUUGUAUCUUUUUCUCUCCCAACAUGUACAGACAAACAUGGCGAACGGAUGGAGGAAAUGGUUUGGUGGCGGACAAACGCGUAGGUGGUUGGGUCCAGCACUCAUAUUCCUUAUCGCAACGUUUCUACUGUACUGCACUCAGAGCUCGCAAUGGAUCAGCCAACGAAUGAUGAAAACGCAAUGGUUUACGGCAGAAUCUUCUAAUGAUGUUCCUUCAUUUCGACAUCGGUGGAACAACAUUGUAAUUGAGAAACCGGUGUUGAACACGACCAAACCGUUUUCUCCGGUGUUACAAACGACCAAACCGUUCUCUGCUGCGGUCUAUAAGAGGCAGCUGAAAUUUUCCUUAGCUUCUGAGUCUGGCAGACAAUAUUCUGUAGGAGAUAUGUUGCGCAUUGAGAUCUCUGCCAAAGAUUCACAAAACAACAUAGUUACAAACAUUGGCGAUUUCUUUCGGGCGUCCAUCCUUACCGCAGUGAAAGGGAAGGCAGGUUCUGGUGCAGUCGGUAUCAUAACGGACCACCAGAACGGUACUUACACGGCGACGUUCCGACUGUUGUGGGAGGGGGAGGUCACCAUCAAAAUCCAACUGGUCCACCCACGGCAGGCUAUCGAUGUUAUAGAAAGAACUAUCCGAAAAUAUCCAAUUGAUCUUGUCAUGUUUAGAAAACGCUAUAUAGUAGGAAAGAACACUGUUAUCGACACCGAGUGUAACGUAGACCCUGCCAUCUUCAAAAACACCAGUGCAGUUUGUAACUACUCGGACCCGCAUGCAGGCGCCUGGUGGUAUUGUGAGAAAGCCGCCAACAUCCCUUGUAACACAUCAGGAUACCAUGGCACACUUAGGUACAGGGACGUGAAAGGUGGAAAACUGUUUAGCAGGGGCAACACUGCACUGAAGAUGUCUAUUUCUGGAUCUCCAUCUAAAAUCAAUGUGAAAAAAGGGCAAGAUCCUUUGGCCAAUCGCAGACGGUGUGUCUGGGGACUGGCCACUCCACAGAUAUCUGGGUUCUAUCGGAACGGCGUGUGGAACUCUCUCGUCUGUAAGAACAGACAUUUCUCCAGCCAGGCCGGCUGGCAGCAAUGCCUGAAGGGGAAAACUCUGCAUUUCAUGGGGGACUCUACCAUACGGCAGUGGUGGGAACAUUUCGUCAGAAUCUUGAAAAUGAAAGAAACACAUAUUCCUUGGGCCAUACACAAAACUGGACCAUUGCUCGCCCGAGAUCCUGUUAAUAACAUAACGUUAAACUAUCGUGCACACGGACCGCCUCGUCGCUGUCCUUUUAUUUUGACAUUUCUCCUCAAGUAUGUCGCUAACAUCAUCGAUGAAAUCGAAGGAGGACCGAACGAUGUGGUUGGUAUCACCAUGUGGGCACAUUUCACCUCGUACCCUGUGGAGGUCUACAGGAAAAGAAUGGAAGCCGUCCGUGCUGCAAUAGAACGUUUACUGCACAGGAGUCCUGAAACUCUGGUGGUCAUCAAGUCGGCAAACACGGCCAAGGGCAAUGAGCUGAAAUGUGGGGAUUGGCUGGCACACAAGCUGGACUUGAUAAUGAGAGAAAUGUUCCGCGGGAUGAACGUUGUUCUUGUAGAUGUUUGGGAAAUGACCAAUGCACAGCACUGGCAUGGGGAUGCCAUUCACCCAGCACAGGACAUCAUCGUACAAGAACUAGAGUUCCUUUGUUCUUUCAUUUGUCCAUUGUGAACCUAGUCUUCAAAAGAACAUUUAUUAUUAUUGCCGACAUAACGAAAAAAAGAAAGAUCUUAAGUCCU